AUGAUAGUUCUCAAUCGUAAAGUUGAUGGCUGUUCAUAUGUCAUAUGGCUUCUCACUUUAUUCCUAAUCCUUUGGCUGGCUAGAAGAUCAAAACCUGAACUUGAGCGCUUCAAAGAAAAACCAACAUCAAAGAACAUUUACAUCGCUUCUGAACUUACAACGAUACCCGAUAAACUUUGUUUACUUUGGACAUCAACACGAGACAAUAUCUUAAGAAAAUCCAACUACCCUUGUAAAUACCGGUAUGGUUUGGAACUUCAGAUAAAACAUAAGAAUUUACAUCUACUUCUGUGUAUCCUCCUUGCUGGAGAUAUCGCCACUAAUCCAGGCCCUUGUAGAAGAACUAUAUCGUUCAGUUCCGAGUCACAGCAUGAACCAAAGAACCGGAAAUCGAAAGGACUCCCCACCACAUGUCUUGUCCUGAACGCCCGUAGCUUAAAAAGCCAGCAUGUUUUAGACGGGAAAAAGUUUUGUCAUCUCUCCCGUUUUCAAGAGCUUGUUUACUCUGAGGCCGCGGAUCUUGUCUGGGUAACGGAAACCUGGCUCACAAAAGAUGUUGCGAACACUGAAAUUCUCCAUGACGAUUACGCUAUCUACAGAAAAGAUCGGGAAAUGCGCACUGGUGGCGGCGUAAUGGUGGCAGUUAAAUCAAGUUCAUUCAUUUCCUCACGCGAUGUAGACAUCGAAACCGAUAUUGAAGUUGUAUCAACAGAACUUGUCACAACCUCAAAUCUGAAAUACGUCAUCUGUUGUUGCUACAGGCCACCCAACGCGGAUCAAUCUUGGUUGGAAAAAUUUAACUCGUUCCUAGCAGAAGUUUCUUCACGCUACACCAACGUAAUAAUUUGUGGAGACUUUAAUUUUCCCAAACUCCAUUGGCAAUAUCCAUCUGCCACUUCAUCCGGUGAUGACAUUAUGUUCACGGAACAAUUGAAUGAUUUCUUCCUAACUCAGGUCAACACCUUGCCCACACGAGGAAACAACAUCUUAGACCUAAUUAUCACUAGCCUACCAGAUCAGAUUGAGAACAUUACAAAACUUAAGCCAAUGGACAGUGGUUUGUUUACCGAUCACGACACAAUCCUUUUCAAUUUGAAAACGUCCAUAAAAGCAGCUCCUAAACUGAACAGAACUGUUUUUGAUUACCGUAGAGGGAAUAUGGACGGACUACGUUCAGCCUUAGCGAUGACUGAUUUUUCGAACAUAAUCGAUUCAGGAGAAAAUGUUAAUGACUGUUGGGAACAAUGGAAAAACACAUUCCUUAGCGUGGUGAGAAAUUACAUCCCAACCAAGAAGAUCAAAGGUAGAAAUUCUCCCCCUUGGAUUAAUGGAAGCAUUAUUCACGAGAUAAGGAAGAAAGAAGCGGUGCGACGGAAGUUAAGAUCAUCUCCAUCUGACGUCCUUCUUGCUAAAUUUAAAGAGCUACGAAUCAAAGUUAAAAAAAUGGUCCGUGAAAGUCGUGAAAGAUUUUACAAUUCUCUUGAUGGCAUCUUCCAAACAAACCCAAAGCGAUUUUGGUCGAUCUUCAAGCUGAACAAUAAACAAUCAAGUGUUCCAGAUAUUAUGUCAAUGAGAAAUGCCGCUGAACCUGAAUCAUCACAAACUUAUGAUGUGUCUACUCCUACUGCUAUUGCCAAUCUAUUCAAUCGCUACUUCACAUCAGUGUUCAACACUGAUCAUGAUAACCUGGAUGAACGUUCCUCUCCACCAUCAUCUCCACCUUCAACGUCAGGACAGUCAGACCUCCAACUAACAAUAGAAGAAGUCGCAAGAACACUCUUAGCGCUAGACACCACCAAGGCUACUGGACCUGACGGAAUACCAUCUCGACUUUUGAAAGAAACUGCGUGGCAGAUUGCACCUUCCCUCACCCAAAUAUUCAACAAGUCGUUAAGCUGUGGCGAAAUACCUGAUGAAUGGAAAUUAGCAAACAUUGUUCCGGUACACAAAAAAGGCGAAAAGAGCCAAGUAGAGAACUAUAGACCUAUCUCCCUUCUUUCCAUAAUAUCGAAAGUACUAGAACGUUGUGUCCUGAGAAAUAUACGUGAUCAUUUGCUGCAAUUAAUCAAUGAUAGCCAACAUGGUUUUAUUCCCGGAAAGUCGUGUACAACUCAGCUAUUAGAGGUUCUUGACUAUAUUGGUUCACUUCUGGACGGUGGCAAGCAAACUGAUGUAGUCUACAUGGACAUGUCCAAGGCAUUCGACAAAGUCCACCAUAAAUAUCUGAUAAGCAAAUUAAGGAACGUCUAUGGCAUCUCUGGUAAACUCCUUCGCUGGUUUGAGUCAUAUCUGAUAAAUCGCAAGCAACGUGUGACUGUGCUAGGAGCUACAUCCUCCGCAAGACCUGUCCUGUCAGGAGUUCCACAGGGUUCAAUAUUAGGUCCCAUACUGUUUCUGCUGUACGCGAACGACCUGCCGGAUACAGUAAAGCACUCCAAGAUCGCCUCCUUCGCCGAUGACACGAAACUAUUUAAGAAAGUUGACUCUACUUCCGAUGCCAUCUCCUUACAAAGUGACCUGAGUAGUUUGGAGAACUGGUCAACAUCUUCUGGCCUUGUCUUCAACCAAGACAAAUGCAAAUGUCAGCGUGUAACAAGGAAAAAGAAUCCUAUCAAAUACGAAUAUAAGAUCAAUAACAAGUCCCUGGUGGUCACCGAAAAAGAGAAAGAUUUAGGUAUAUGGAUUACGGACACGUUAAACUGGUCUUACCAUACCCUCGAUCGCUGUGCGAAGGCAAACAAAAUGCUUGGUUUCCUGCGUAGGGCUGCAACGGAAAUUACAAAUGUUAAGAUACGCCGCACACUGUACCUAUCAAUUGUUCGCUCAACGCUAGGUUACGCCACUCAAGUCUGGUCACCACAAUCGAUCGACUUAAUUACGAGGACAGAACGCAUCCAACGACGAGCUACAAAGUUCAUUUUGAAAUUACCAUACGUGUGCGGAGAAACGUACAAAGACAGACUGAUCUCCUUAGACUUACUACCAAUAACCUACUGGCACGAGUUCCUUGACAUUAUGUUUUUCUUUAAAGCUGUAAACAACAUUAUAACUGUCUCGAACGAAAUCCUUCCGCAGCCAAUUAUCCCAUCAAGGCUCACUAGAACCUCGGUUGACACCAACCUGCUCUCUUCCAAAAUCUAAGGCAAAAAGAUCUCUCACUGGUACGAUUUAGAACAUUGUUGCUGGACUACUACCACAACGCUGCCAAGACAUCCUAUGAUGUAGACGAUGCCAGAACGUGGAGAACAGUCUGCUUAAAAUGCAACACAUCACGAAAACUCGUGCAACCAUUAACGUGUUGCUAUUAGUACAUGUAUACUAUCAAUUAUCAGUUUCAAUUUAUAUAUUAGUUGUGUGUUUUCUGUAUCCAAGGGCCCACAGUAAUUGGUUUUAAGCUGUUGUGGUGACCCCGCCUUUUUGUUGUUGUCACCUUUUUGUCCAACCUUGAAACGUGGAGGCUGGGCGUAUUUGCUGCGUUUCGAUAUGUUUUGUCUAGGUCUAUGCCAAGUCAUGUUGGGCUCAUAAAAAUCAAGCUAUUCUAAAAUGAAUAUAAUUGUAAAUUAAACCGUCCUAGGUUAGCGGUCAAGGGUGUAUGUUUUUGUUUUACUAUCAUGUUGAAACAUAGACAGGGGCGCUGAAGUUUGCUCGUUUUCGGGUUGGACAGAAAUGGUUGUGUGUACGUGUUGUUUGAUUGUGUAAUUAUAGGCGAAGCUAAAAUAAAUAAAUAUAUAUAUAUAUAUAUAUAUAUAUAUAUAUAUAUAUAUAUAUAUAUAUAUAUAUAUAUAUAUAUAUAUAUAUAUAUAUAUAUAUAUAUAUAUAUAUAUAUAUAUAUAAUCGCCUGAAGAUUGCCACAAAUAGUGGCAUGAAACUUAAAGUAGCGAGAAAUUGAAACAUUUUAAGAUAACAAAUUAUAUAUAUAUAUAUAUAUAUAUAUAUAUAUAUAUAUAUAUAUAUAUAUAUAUAUAUAUAUAUAUAUAUAUAUAUAUAUAUAUAUAUAUAUACAGUAAUAAAUCGUUGUCCGUUGCACAAAAAGAGUGCUCAAUAACAAAUUUAAUUGAUAGAGCAAAAUAUACUAAUUAUAAUCUUAAAAUAUUAUUAAUCGCUACACAGUGUUUCACGCUUUCAAAGCGAUCUUCAGGCGAUACUACUCUAAAUAGUUUGCUUGCGCCAUUCAUUCAACGGUCCGCUGACGCGAUUGCAUCAUGCGCGCGUGCGUUUAAAAUUCCGCGCGCUAAAUGAGUUUCUGUGGCGGCACUUUGAAAAUAGUUCUGCUCGUUUGGACGAAUGCCCUCUCGAUGGUAAUUGUCUUACGAAAAGCAUCGUAUAUAAGGCUGAGAUUACAACAACAGACGUCGGUGAAACGAAAGAGUAUAUUGGUAUGACAGCAGGGAGGUUUAAAGCAAGAUACGCCAACCACAAGAAAUCCAUCAACUCACCUCGCUAUUCAAACGAAACCGAACUUUCUAAGUACGCAUGGAAGCUAAAACAAAGUAACCGACCGUAUACAAUAAAGUGGUCGGUUUUGUCGCAUGCAUCAGCCUAUACAGCAGGUGCAAAUUCUUAGAGGAGAAGUUUUAAAUAAUUAAAUCUCACAAAGAUAGGACGUUGAACAAACGAACAGAACUAUUUUCAAAGUGCCGCCACAGAAACUCAUUUAGCGCGCGGAAUUUUAAACGUACGCGCGCAUUAUGCAAUCGCGUCAGCGGACCGUUGAAUGAAUGGCGCAAGCAAACUAUUUAGAGUAGUAUCGCCUGAAGAUCGCUUUGAAAGCGUGAAACACUGUGUAGCGAUUAAUAAAAUUUUAAGAUUAUAAUUAGUAUAUAUAUAUAUAUAUAUAUAUAUAUUAUAUAUUGAUAUAUUAUAUAUUGAUAUAUUAUAUAUUAGAUAUAUUAUAUAUAAUAUAUAUAUAUAUAUUAUAUAAUAUAUAUAUAUAUAUAUAUAUAUAUAUAUAUAUAUAUAUAUAUAUAUAUAUAUAUAUAUAUAUAUAUAUAUAUAUAUAUAUAAAAAUAUAUAUAUAUAUAUCAAUAUAUAUCGCCGUUUCCAACUUUCCAUGUGGCAAGAUGCGAUCAUGUGAACGGUGAACCGUCAAAGACUCCGCAUUACUUUGGUCAGCAACGACAAACAAAACCAAAACUUCAUCUUAUGGACCAUCAUCUUCAUCUUAUUAUAUACUUACAUAUUAUAUUAUUAUUAAUUAAUAAAAAUUAAUAAUAAUUAUUAAUAAUUAAUUAAUAAUAAUUAUUAUAAUUAAUUACUAAUAAUUAUUACUAAAUAAUAAUUGUUGUAAUAAUUAAUAUAUUAUAUAAUUAUAAUUAAUUCUAAUAUAAUUAUAAUAAUUAUAAUAAUUAUAAGUCUUAUUAUUAUUAUUAAAAUUGAAUAAAGUUUUCGUUAUGAUUUUGAUUAUUAUUAGUAUAAUUACAUAGGUGAUUAUUCAAAAUUCUCCACGCUGAUUGGCUGCUGUUGAGGUACGUGAUUAUUACGCGAUAAUCACCUAAGCGAUUCUCAAAAUGGCGGCCGAAGCCGUUUUGUCAAUUAAAUGACGAAGAAAUGUGUAUUUUAAAAUUUUUUUCUAAAUAUUCACCUAUGAAAUUAUACUAAAACAAUUAUUCACCUCAGGCUCGGUGAUUAUCGUGAAUAAAAACCUCGACUUCGUCUCGGUUUUUAUUCACCGAUAAUCACCUCGCCUUCGGCGAAUAAUUGUUAUUAAUAAUUAUUAAUCCAACAUCCUGUGGGCCGCCAAGAAACCCGCGUGCAAUUACACAGUACAGAUCUUCAUCACGCGGGCUUAAAACUGUAGGGAGCCUCUUUAAGAAUGCGUUUUUGACUCGUGUUCGUCAUUUUUGACUCGUGUUCGUCAGUUUUUGACUCGUGUUCACUCGUGUUCGUCAUUUUUGACUCGUGUUCACUCGUGUUCGUCAUUUUUGACUCGUGUUCACUCGUGUUCGUCAGUUUUGACUCGUGUUCACUCGUGUUCGUCAGUUUUUGACACGUGUUCACUCGUGUUCGUCAUUUUUGACUCGUGUUCACUCGUGUUCGUCAUUUUUGACUCGUGUUCACUCGUGUUCGUCAGUUUUUGACUCGUGUUCACUCGUGUUCACAAUUUUUUGACUCGUGUUCACUCGUGUUGUCUCGUGUUCACUCGUGUUCUGACUCGUGUUCACUCGUGUUCACUCGUGUUGUCUUGUGUUCACUCGUGUUCACUCGUGUUCUGACUCGUGUGGUCUUUUAGAAUAGAUCAAAAUCCAGACAAAGAUGACUGUUUUCAACUGGGGGUAUUUCCCGGCCACAUAUUAAUCAUGCAUUUUUAUAUGCCAAGGGAAAGUGUUAGGUUAAUUAUUUACCUAUAAAAGGUACUGUAUCCUCUCUCUCCCUUCCUCAUAUUACAAAGCAAAUUAAGGGGCAUGACCACAUACAUGACAAACAUGAUACCUGAACCAAUACCGUCCACUGAUUGGCCAAUUGAAAAGAAAACUAUUUACAUAAGCUGCUAUAUGCUUAUUAAUUAAUGUAUAAACAACAUAUACGAACAUAUACUGUUUCAUACAUAUACCACAGAUCAAAUACACAAAUUCUAUUUCAAAAUGUAGCAAAUAAAGCUAAACUGAUAUUAAAAAAUCAUGAAGUGAAUAAAUUGCCAUCAAGUAUUCAAUUUGCUAUAAACGAAACUAAAAUUCCAGCACCUUCUGGUCAAAAUAUUUGCUCAAACAUUUUCACAAGAAAACCCCCACUGUGAGGCAUAAAAUUGCUAUAAUUUAUCUCUUUGAUAAGAAGACAAAAAUUAAACUUGUUUUUCACCAGGAAACGUGCAUCCAGUAGGUACUGUUGCACUUUCAAAUUUGACUGUUGAUCAAAUUAGGAGCAAUUUAGUAUAUAAACAGACAUGACAAGACGACAAAUACUGUAUACUUCUUAGAUUUCAGGAACACAUUUACCUUGACAAACGGACUGUCUACAUCGAGGCCAAAUUUAGCAAUAUCGCUGGACGAAUUCAACUUUUGAAGAGCGUGUAAAUACUGUUCAAUAAGGUUCACUUGUUUCGCCAAAUACGCUUUAAAACUCUCAAUUGUUUUAAUUUCACCUUCGCCUAAAUUCACCACCGAGUGAUGACAUUCCUCGGUCAGUAAAGAAGUCGCGAAUGUUGGAUCAGGCAUGAUUUCAAUGACUGUCGUCUUUACGUUAUCGUUGCGAAGCAAUCACAGUUCAUAUUUCAAUAAUCUUGAUAUAAUUCAAACCACCACUUGGCACUUGCGGCGAGAUUUGCCUCAUUUGGUGAUCGAAGGAAACAGGAAUACAACCCAGCAUGAAUAUUUAUGUUAGAGUAGAGUUUUGUCAUCCUUACAUGAAGUGUUUGUUAGUUUGUCAUAAAAACACAAACAGUUUUGAUCACACUGUCAACAAAAUUGGAAGAAAUUAUGUUUAUUUCAAUCUAGGGGCGAUGGCAGGUUAAAGGAUGAUUUCCAAAUGAAGGUAAGUAUUUAGUGGUAGUAUUAAUCCAUUGAGAUUCCAGUGUUAAUCCUAAUUGAUGAAUUUGAUGAGUAUUAAAGGCCGAUUCACACUACGCAACUUUCGCCUAAGACUGUCGUCGCAUGCAACCUGCUUACAACUUGAGUUGUACUGUGGAAAUCAAGUACACAACUCACCUACGUUGGCACAGGUGUAUUAGAGUACAAUUAUGCAACUUAAUAGGUUAUAAUAAGCAAGUGAUAUUAAUGUGAAUGUCUGAUCAAUUAUUAACUCAUUAAUUAACCUUUAAUAUUAACUCAUUGACCCUGCAAGCUCUCACAUAGGACUGAGGUGAAAUUAUAAUCCGACAACUGUAUAUAGAGGUGGUACAUGCACACUAAGUCCAGCAUGGAAAGUUUGGACAUGAUUGUGCACCCGAGAAACACAGAAUAGGUGUGCCUGAGAUCUCAGGUGCACAAUACAUGAACACAAACUAUAGCACCAACCACUGUGCUAUGAAUAAAUAAUAUAUACAGUCAGACCUCGAAUAUGGAACUGAAAAGUCUGAAAUGACACAGUAAAGUGUUGGUAUUAUAUAGCAUAGUAACCAUAGUUAUAUAUUUCAACUAUACCAUAGUUCUAUAUUUUACAUCACCAGGUACCAUGUCAUUGUCACCAGAUGUGACGCCUUUUGUGCCAAGACAGCAGUCUGUUGUUCAUUCUCAACAGACAAAUGUUUCACCAAGCCCCUCAUGGAAACUGUCUGCAGAUGUAGCUGAAUUUGUUCCAAGUUGGCUCAACAAUGCAAACACAUUUUCUCAAACAUCAAGUAAUGCUACAGCAACAAGAAAUACAAAACCUUUAAUGACUGUGACUCCAGGGACCACAGAAACUGUGAGUAAAUA